CACUAAAAAAAAGGAUGAAAAAGACCCGUAAGUGUUUUUUCUUAAGAGAUAGAGGAGAUUUCUGGUCACCUCACCCCUCACUGACGCCUACGCGGAAAAAGCAAACAACUUUCGAUUUCUUUACUCCUUUUUUUCCUUCUCUCUCAAAACCCCUAAAAUAAGAAACUUCAAAAAAAAUAAUCAUUAACCAAACCAACACGAAUCAUCAAAAUUUUGACCAUUUCUCCAUCAGUUCCAGUGUCAACUUCAGUUCUUCUUCCCAUUCUUCUCUCAAAUUCCCAUCUUUGCCGUUCAAUGUUUUUGUUUUCUUUAUGUAGUUGACGAAAUUAGGAUUUUGAUUGUCGUGUUUCUUUCUUUAUUCUGUGUUCGGGGAAUCCUUUGAUAAUUUUCUCUCUUUAUAUUCCACCAAAAAAAAAAGCAUCUUUUUUGUUUCUUUAUCUAUCUGAUUGUUGUAUAGUUUCUCAAUUCCAAAACCAAACAGAAUGAUUAAUCAAUCAAAAAGGGCCCAGCUUUGACAUAUCUCUCUCUUUCUCUCUUUAGCCAACUAGGGUUUUUGUGAUUUUUGUUCUGGGGUUGUUGUGGGAAAAUGGGAUCUGCAAGUGGGUUUUACUCGAACGAAGAGUUUGAAUUGGAUCCUAAAUGGCUUGUUGAUCCUCGUCAUCUCUUUGUUGGUCCUAAGAUCGGUGAAGGUGCUCAUGCCAAAGUUUAUGAGGGAAAGUAUAGAAACCAAACAGUGGCGAUUAAGAUUAUUAAAAGAGGAGAGUCCCCUGAAGAGAUUGCUAAACGAGAUAACCGGUUUGCGAGAGAGAUUGCUAUGUUGUCUAAAGUCCAGCACAAGAAUUUAGUCAAGUUCAUUGGAGCGUGCAAAGAACCCAUGAUGGUUAUAGUUACUGAGCUUCUACUAGGCGGUACAUUGCGUAAAUAUCUAGUCAGCUUACGGCCAAAGCGUUUAGACAUUCGUUUGGCUGUUGGUUUUGCUCUUGACAUUGCUCGUGCAAUGGAAUGUUUACAUUCCCACGGUAUCAUUCACCGCGAUCUUAAACCAGAGAAUUUGAUCUUAUCAGCGGAUCAUAAGACAGUGAAACUCGCUGAUUUCGGUUUAGCUAGAGAAGAAUCAUUAACCGAGAUGAUGACCGCAGAGACUGGUACAUACCGAUGGAUGGCCCCCGAGCUCUACAGUACGGUUACGUUAAGGCAAGGAGAGAAGAAACACUAUAAUCAUAAAGUAGAUGCUUACAGCUUUGCCAUUGUCUUGUGGGAACUUAUUCUCAACAAGUUACCAUUUGAAGGCAUGUCAAAUCUACAAGCAGCAUAUGCUGCUGCAUUCAAGAACUUGAGGCCAAGUGCAGAGGAUUUACCAGGAGACUUAGAGAUGAUUGUAACUUCAUGCUGGAAAGAAGAUCCUAACGAACGGCCAAAUUUCACAGAGAUAAUUCAAAUGCUCCUCCGUUACCUCACCACUGUUUCGGCACCACAGAUCAUUCCUCCACCGAAUCGACGAGUCUUCUCAUCAGAAAACAUAGUUUUAUCACCGGAAUCUCCCGGAACUUGCUCUCUGAUGUCUGUCAGAGACGGAGACGUUUCUCGUCAGACCGUUAACACUGCUGAUUCAUCGGAGAAACAAACAAAAGGAAGCUUCUUCUCCUGCUGCUCAUAGAUGAUGUAUUUCGUUGUGUAAUCUGUAAAGAAAACGAGAGGAAAGUGUUUAUGAUGGAAAAAAGUAUAAUGUAUUAAGAUUAGAAAUUUAGAUCACAGUCACAAGAAAUUGUUCGUGUAUAAAAAAUAUUGAGCCUGAAACAUUAAUAAUGUUUACGUUUUUGCAUAAAUGUCGAAAAAG